CCAUUUUUAUUUCCCACAGAACAGAGAUAUAUUCACUAGCCAACUCUGUCCCCAACGAUGGUCCUUGCUUUGGCCUUUCCGUAACCAGUCUUUAGUUCCUGUUUGACAAACUUUAUAAGGUGCUACAAGCAGAUGAUUUUUCACCAUCUACCAAAAUGUGGAACAGACAUUUUGUCUUUUAUCUCCUGAUUUUGCCAGCUUUUAUGAGUCAAACCAUAUAUGGACAAAGAAAGAAAGGAUCAAAGCCCAAUUUACUUGCAAGGAGAAAUGAUCUCCAGGACUCCACUUGCUUCAUAGAUGUUGUCUUCAUUGUGGACAGCUCUGAAAGUUCUAAAAUUGUUCUCUUUGACAAACAGAAAGAUUUUGUGGCUAGCUUGAGUGACGAGCUUUUCCAAUUGACCCCGGGUCGCUCCUUGAAAUAUGACAUCAAACUGGCAGCUCUUCAGUUUAGCAGCUCCGUCCAAAUCGACCCACCUUUUUCUUCUUGGAAGGAUCUACAGACUUUUAAGCAGAGGGUCAAGUCUAUGAAUUUCAUCGGGCAAGGUACUUACUCUUAUUAUGCCAUCUCCAAUGGCACUAGGCUACUUAAGAGAGAAGGACGUAAAGGUGGUGUGAAAGUAGCUUUGCUGAUGACUGAUGGCAUUGACCAUCCAAAGAGUCCAGAUGUUCAAAGUAUUUCUGACGAAGCCAGAACUGAAGGAAUAUUAUUUAUCACCAUUGGACUUUCUACUGUAGUCAAUGAAGCCAAACUGCGUUUGAUAUCUGGGGAUUCAUCUAGUGAACCCAUUCUCCUGUUGAGUGAUCCAGCCCUUGUAGAUAAAAUUCGGGAUCGCCUGGACAUCUUGUUUGAAAAGAAGUGUGAACCCAAGACUUGUAAAUGUGAGAAGGGCGACCCAGGCGAGCCAGGCAUUCCGGGUACCCAUGGAAACCCGGGUAUCAAAGGUGAGCGAGGACCAAAAGGAAACCCGGGUGAUGCUCAAAAAGGGGAACCUGGAGAAAGAGGCCCAGGGGGAAUUCCUGGGUACAAGGGUGAGAAGGGUGUACGUGGAGACUGUGGUAAACCAGGAAUAAAAGGUGACAAAGGAUCCCCCGGGCCAUAUGGAUCAAAAGGACCCAGAGGACCUCAGGGCAUUAGUGGACCUCCAGGGGACCCAGGCCCGAAAGGAUUUCAAGGCAAUAAGGGGGAGAGAGGCCAGGAAGGAAGAACAGGGGCUCCGGGACCGAUUGGCAUUGGCGAGCCAGGUCAGCCAGGUCCCCGUGGUCCCGAGGGAAUGCCAGGAGAGAGGGGCUUACCAGGAGAAGGCUUCCCAGGACCAAAGGGUGAAAAAGGUUCUGAAGGUCCAAUUGGCCCACAAGGACUACAAGGCCUGUCAAUCAAAGGGGACAAGGGGGACUUGGGACCUGUGGGACCCCAAGGACCAAUGGGCAUCCCCGGAGUUGGGAGUCAAGGGGAACAGGGAAUCCAAGGCCCUAUUGGUCCCCCUGGUCCUCAAGGACCCCCAGGACAGGGCUCACCUGGUUCCAAGGGAGAAGUAGGCCUGCUAGGACCUCCAGGCCCUAGAGGACCAGUGGGGAUUGGAGUACAAGGUCCAAAGGGGGAGCCAGGCUCAACAGGGCUCCCAGGACUGCCAGGCGUGCCAGGGGAAGAUGGAGCUGCUGGGAAGAAGGGAGAAGCGGGGCUUCCAGGAACAAGAGGCCCAGAGGGAGCACCUGGAAAAGGACAACCUGGCUCCAAGGGUGAUGAAGGAAAGAAAGGGAGCAAAGGAAAUCAAGGACAGAGGGGAUUUCCGGGACCCGAAGGGCCAAAGGGUGAGCCAGGGGUUAUGGGCCCUGUUGGGAUUCCUGGAGCAUCAAUUCCUGGACCACCUGGACCAAAGGGAGAUAGAGGAGGACCUGGAGUGCCUGGAUUUAAAGGAGAACCUGGCAUUGCUAUUCGAGGACCAAAGGGUGCCCAAGGCCCGCGAGGACCAGUGGGUGCUCCAGGACUCAAAGGCGAUGGCUAUCCUGGUGUGGCUGGACCUCGAGGAUUACCAGGACCUCCGGGACCAAUGGGUUUACGUGGAGUGGGGGACACUGGAGCAAAGGGAGAUCCAGGCGUCAGAGGACCUCCGGGCCCCGCUGGGCCUCGGGGCUUAGGAACCCAAGGGCCCAAGGGUGAUAUUGGGCAGAAAGGUUUGCCUGGCCCUCCCGGCCCCCCGGGCUAUGGAUUACAAGGAAUUAAAGGGGAGCAAGGACCUCAAGGCUUUCCAGGACCAAAGGGCAUGGCAGGCCAUGGCUUCCCUGGCCAGAAGGGAGAGCAUGGAGAACGGGGCGAUGUGGGGAAAAAAGGCAAUAAAGGGGAAAUUGGAGAGCCCGGAUCACCAGGAACACAGGGGUUACAAGGACCAAAAGGAGAGCAAGGCCUUACAAAAGAAGAAGUUAUCAAACUUAUUGUUGAAAUAUGUGGUUGUGGGCCCAAAUGUAAAGAGACUCCACUAGACCUGCUGUUUGUGAUUGACAGCUCAGAAAGUGUGGGGCCCAACAACUUCGAGAUCAUCAAAAAUUUUGUGAAGACUCUGACUGACCAGGUGGCUCUGGACCUUGCCACAGUCCACAUAGGCAUCAUCAACUAUAGCCAUAAGGUGGAGAAAGUGGCUCCUUUGAUGGAGUUCUCCAGCAAGAAUGACUUCAAGCUGGCUGUGGACAACAUGCAGUACCUUGGGGAAGGCACCUAUACGGCCACAGCUCUCGAUGAAGCCAACCAAAUGUUUAAAGCUGCAAGGCCAGGUGUAAAGAAAGUGGCCUUGGUCAUCACUGAUGGGCAGACAGAUACCCGAGAUAAAAAGAAUCUGACAGAGGUGGUGAAGAAUGCCAGGGACACCAAAGUGGAAAUAUUUGUGAUAGGGGUGGUGAAGAAAAAUGACCCCAACUUCAAAAUGUUCUACAAAGAAAUGAUUCUAAUUGCUAAUGAUAGUAAUCAUGUUUAUCAGUUUGAUGAUUUCAUUACCCUACAAGACACCCUGAAGCAAAGACUGUUCAAAAAACAUUGUCAGGAUUUUGACUCCUACCUCAUUGAAGUUUUGGGUUCAUCGCCACUUCAACCUGGAUUUGGGCUGUCAGGGGAAGAACUCGGUGUUUCCACUCCAGAGCCCCAGAAAGAAAUGUCUGAAUCAGUCAGUAUCCUCGGAGCCCAGGACAAAGAGAAUGAGCCUCCAGAGCCUACCUGGGCUGACAGCCUGGCCACCACACCUUCACCUGAGGCUGCCACCAUCCAGGGGCCAUUGCGCAGCCCCUCUGAGGAUAGGACCAUGGACCCUAGGUGUUUAGAAGACCUAAAGCCUGGAAACUGUGCUGAAUAUGUGGUCCGAUGGUAUUAUGACCAACAGGUCAACUCUUGUGCCCGCUUUUGGUUCAGUGGCUGUAAUGGCUCAGGAAAUAGAUUCAACAGUGAAAAGGAAUGUCAAGAAAUCUGCAUUCAAAGAUGAGCAAGUAGGCAACCUGUAAUGAGUCAAAUCUACAUCUCUAUCAACAAGUCUAGAAAGAACCACUAUAAUUUCAGCAUGUUCACCCAAUACAAAUA